UAGUGUCUCCAGACAGAUGUACCAAAAAAUAAUUGGUCUGGAUGAUCAUGGAUGUUGACUGCACAGUAGUUAGUUUAAAACGGUCUAAUAGUGCACCCAUGAUCAACAAGAUCACUGCAACAAUGUCUGUGACAUCACCAUCCGCUUCUACGCCAAGGGAUGUUCCAUCAAAUUUUGAUGUAUUUUCAACUAUGGAAUAUUUGUUGUUUUAGAGUCCUGGAACUGUUCCUAGGCUAACGCCACGUGUAAGUCAAUUGAGACAAGAAGAAUGUAUUGAUGUUGCUGGUCGUGAAGCAGCACAUGAAAAAGAAAUACACAGUGCCAUGCAGAUCUCUCAAUCAUGGGAGGAUCUCACCAUAGAAGCAGAAGGAUUAUCUUUCAAAGAUUCAGAAUCAGCUUCAUUACAAUUUAAAAUAGAGUCACGGCCAAUUGUAAAACGAGUUCUUGAUCCAUUGAGUAUCAAUUUAUCUGUAAGUGGCCCAACUACGUAUUCUUCACCAUCACCAACUAGAACUAGUUUUGGUCAAAGACAGUGCUAUUCGCCUGGUGUUCAUGCAGCUACUUGGAAAAGUAAUUUGUCACCUAGUCCUACUAGAAAAGCUUUUGCUACAAGACGGAGCUUGAGUCCUAUCGCAAUACGACCGAGUUGUUUAGCGUCAGUUAAGAGAAAAUUUGAAUUAGACGAUUCUGGAAUGGAUCAAUUACAACCUCCCACAAAACGUACCUCUGGUUUGCUAACUUCUGCUGCAUCUAGAUUGGAUGUGGCAAUAUCUAGUCUACAUUCAGGAACCGUUAGUUCACUUGGAACUCCGGAAUCUUGUUCCAGCCUCGAUUCUUCUGGCUUCUCCUUUCGACCAGUGCACAGUCCAUCUCCUGGUCAUGGUGCUCCUCUGAUUGUUAACGAUGAUCCAUCUUCUUCCUCAUCGUCUUCUUCAUCUUCUUCGUCUUCCUCGUCUUCUUCCAUUAACACUUCUUCAUCAGAGGGAUCGACUGUACAGGUUAAAACGCUUGAAGAAAUACAAAACGAACAGACCACACGAGAAAACCACGGAUAGAAAGAAGCAUAUAACAAAUUCUUAAAGAAGAACAUGUAUCACUGCGAUGAUGAACUUAUUCUUGCGAACAGUAAACAAUGAUCAUUAGAGCGACCAAUUUUAUGUAUUAAAUUUAUCUA